AUGAGCGACGAUGCGACGAUGACAUAUGCUGCUUCAUCUCCUCCCACGGAAUCCCACAAAGGACGCCCCGUGGUAUACGUGUACGGCUUGACGCCUCGCGUCUUGGAGCGGCACUUGGACGAAAUUUUCGGGUUUUACGGCCCCAUCAAACGACUGCGUUUGUUUCCCCAUGAACGGCCCAGUGCGAUGAUUGAGUUCGAGCAGGAGGACAGUGUAGAAUUGGCACUAUCCCAUAUGGAUCAGGGACAGAUCGAUGGCGCUCACGUCACAGUGAGCAUUGACCCACGCCCAGAUCUCGAAGAAGCGCCGCUGCACAGUCCUGCGCCGUGGAAAGAGCGCAAACUCGGACAGGCGCCGGAGCCCGUCGAUGGAGCGACGUGGCAGCACUUCCCCCCAUUGGAACUACAAUGA